AUAGGCCUAUAAAUUUAAAAUGUCCAUUUUACUGCUCUGACUUAUUUCAGCACCACAUUAAUAUGAACAGCAACAGACUCAAAGACAGCAAUCACUGUCACUGGAAAUCUAUCUUUUGGGUUUUAAAACUGCAAACUUUUAGUAUUCAGAUGGAUUAAUUUAAUACAUUUAUUAAAUAAAUGAAUAAAUAAACACUGCCUUGAGACUGGCUUGCGGACUGGUCUUCAGAGCCACCAUCACAAUUUUGUCUUGCGUUUAUCUUGAGCAGACCCUUGUGGUCAUAUCUCUGAGGUGGCCCGGGUGUGUCCAUUGCCUGUUUCAUGUAUAAAAGCCCCCAUAGUUUGAGCUGAUCAGGAAAAGGGAAAAACAAAACAAAAACAGGCAAUAUGACAACCCUUUCCGAAAAGGACAAGAACAUAGUCCAAACUUUCUGGGCUAAAGUGGCUGGCAGGGAGGAGGACAUCGGUUGUGAUGCUGUCUCCAGGAUGCUGACAGUGUACCCUCAGACCAAGACUUACUUCUCCCACUGGAAGGACCUGAGUCCCGGUUCUGCCCCGGUGAGGAAGCACGGAGCAACCGUGAUGGCUGCAGUUACUGAUGCUGUCAGCAAAAUUGAUGAUCUGACCGGAGCUCUUCUGAGCCUCAGUGAGCUGCACGCCUUCACUCUGAGAGUGGACCCUGCUAACUUCAAGGUUCUCUCUCACAACCUCCUCGUGGUACUGUCCACCACAUUCCCCAACGACUUCACCCCCGAGGUCCACGUGGCUAUUGACAAGUUCCUGACUGCGGUGGCGCUUGCCCUGUCUGAAAAGUACCGAUAAAUUGCACUCUGACGGCCAACAACAUGGGCUUGGAUACUCCCAAACUGAAUUUUAAUGUAAAAAUAAAUAAAUACAUCUAAUACAGUACAGCUGUUAUCUGUGUGGUGAAGCGAAU